AUGGGUUUUUUUGAUAAAGUUAAGGAGUUUGCUAGUAGCAACAAUAGCCAGAAUAAUGGUCAAAACAACGGCCAAGGUAAUGGACAAAACGAUUACCAAAAUAAUAGUAACAACAAUAACAAUGAUAAUAACUAUGGUAACAAUGAUAAUAGCUAUAGUAACAAUGACAACAAUAACGGAAGCAAUAACUACAACAGCGGAACUGACGACUAUGUCUCUAAGGCAGAGAAACUAGUCGGCCAAGAAAACGUCGACAAGGUCAAGAACAAGAUUGGUGAAGACAACUUUGAGAAAUUGGAAUCUAAGGUCCGUGAAAAGUUUUCAAAGACCUCCAUCAGUGAUGAUAAUAAUAACAAUGAUGAUUCGUAUGGUAGCAGUAACAACAAUAACGAUUCUUAUGGUUCUUCCAAUAACGACAAUUCUUACGGGAAUGACAAUAACAAUAAUGAUUCGUACGGUUCCUCCAAUAAUGCUGACUCAUAUGAUAACAAUAACAAUGACUCAUAUGGUUCUUCUAAUAAUGACAGCUAUGGCUCAUCAAACAAGAAGAGCUCAUACGGUAACGAUGAUAACAAUGAUUCCUAUGGUUCCUCUAACAAGAAGAGUUCUUAUGGUGAUGAUAAUAACACUGACUCUUAUGGAUCUUCCAACAAGAAGAGCUCUUAUGGUAAUGAUGACAAUACCGACUCCUAUGGAUCAUCUAAUAACGACGACUCCUAUGGAUCUUCCAACAAGAAGAGCUCUUAUGGUAAUGACGACAAUACCGACUCCUAUGGAUCAUCUAAUAACGACGACUCCUAUGGAUCUUCCAACAAGAAGAGCUCUUAUGGUAAUGACGACAAUACCGACUCCUAUGGAUCAUCUAAUAACGACGACUCCUAUGGAUCUUCCAACAAGAAGAGCUCUUAUGGUAAUGACGACAAUACUGACUCCUAUGGAUCAUCUAAUAACAACGAUUCAUAUGGAUCUUCCAACAAAAAGAGUUCCUAUGGUAACGAUGAUAACACUGAUUCCUAUGGAUCUUCUAAUAUCAACGAUUCAUAUGGAUCUUCCAACAAAAAAAGUUCCUAUGGUAACGAUGAUAACAACGAUUCAUAUGGUUCCUCUAACAAGAAAAGUUCUUAUGGUAAUGACGACAAUACCGAUUCAUAUGGUUCCUCCAACAAGAAGAAUUCUUAUGGUAACGAUGAUAACAAUAAUUCAUAUGGUUCUUCUAAUAAGAAUGAUUCAUAUGGCUCAUCUAAUAACAACGAUUCAUAUGGUUCCUCUAACAAAAAAAGUUCUUAUGGUAAUGACGACAAUACCGAUUCAUAUGGUUCCUCCAACAAGAAGAAUUCUUAUGGUAACGAUGAUAACAAUAAUUCAUAUGGUUCUUCUAAUAAGAAUGAUUCAUAUGGCUCGUCUAAUAACAACGAUUCAUAUGGUUCCUCUAACAAAAAAAGUUCCUACGGUAAUGACGACAAUACCGAUUCAUAUGGGAGUAACAAUAAUGACAGCUAUGGUUCUGCCAACAAGAAUAGUUCAUAUGGUAAUGACGACAAUGACGAUUCUUAUGGUUCUUCUAACAAGAAUUCCUAUGGUAAUAGAUCGUCUAAUGAUGAUUCCUACGGUAAUGAUAAUAAUUAUGGAUCAAAUAAUGAUUUGGGUCGUGGCAACAAUGAUUCAUACAAUAAUGAUUAUUAA